CCACCGUCAAGGUCAGGAAAAAACUCCCACACACCAACUCCUUCCGGAUCUCAGACUGACCAUGGCCCCUGCCGCAUCCACCGCACGCAGCACGGCACUUGCAAACACCGGUUUCAGGAGACGUGUCAUCCUUGGCGCAGCUGUUUGCGGCAUUGCAGCUUUCGGGCUUCGCCUUGCUGCUGUGAAGCUGCAAAAUGCAUUGUCUUGAUGGGACAUCCUCUUCAAAUCCAUCCAACGUCCCGGCCAGGCUUUAUCAUCCUCGCCCGAUUCAGGGCGACCCGUACUACGAGAAGGUGGUGUCCCAGACCUCCCAGCAGCUCCAACGGCGAGGCUACCGAGUUCAGGAGCUCAAAUACACGGUGCGAAAUCAGACACAGAAGGCGUUUCUGGUGAGACCAGAGCAGCACAAGCCAGCGCCUCUUUGGUUAGUUUUCGGUGGAAAUGCCAUGGUGUCAGCUGAUUGGCUGCCUUUCUGCGAGAGCAUUCUCUCUUUCAAGGAUGCUGGAGUGGCACAACCAAGCUUUUUGCUGGUGGAUUAUCCGGGCUAUGGCGACAACGGCGGUGAGCCAUCUCCAUCUUCCACACUUGAAGCAUCACAGCAAGCGUUGGAGCAAGUCUUGCGCGAACUUGCUGAGUCGCCUCCGCAGUCAGUGAAUCUAUUGGGACACAGCUUGGGUGCUGCUGCUGCUUCUCAGCUUGCUGCCAAACUGGCGAGGUCUGACACCUACAAGUUGCCACCAGGGCGCUUGGUCUUGUCAUCUCCAUUCCUGAGUAUUGACGCCAUGGCUGCUGUGAUUUUUGGCUUCAUCCCGCCAUGGGUUUUACGAACGCUGGUGACGCACCGAUGGAACAAUGCAGAAAUGGUUCCGAAGGCUGCGCUCGGCGGUUGGGAGGUGUCCAUAAUCCAUCCUAAGUUGGAUGAGAUCGUGCCAGUUCGACAUGGGGAGGAGCUUUUCGAGUCUAUCCAGGCACAAGGUAAGGAGUGCAAGCUCCUGAAACCAGAGGGCUGUGGCCACAAUGACUGCGUGUUCGCUGCCCUCAGAACCUAUGCCCAGGUUUUGGGGUUGAGCAGAUUGUGACGAUUGCUUUGAGAAAACAAGUGUGGCCUGUGCAACCAACGCAUGCCGUGGAAACUGUGUCUAAUUUUGAAAAACACAGGCUAAGACAUGCAAAACCAUAGCAAUACGAAAUCUAUGCCUGUGACUGUGAGUAUUGGAGCACACAUCAGCCAUGCGCGCGGCAGGAUUCUGGUAACGUCAGACUUAGCUUGGAGGUGAAGUUUUUGGUCAGUCCAGCCGCGGUUUCUUAAAGUGCCACUUUUCAGUUGAUUGAAUGUGUAGGGAGGCCCCUUUUUCGGGAGACAGGCUGAGCUAUGGCGUUUCGAUGUGAUGGCAACGUCGUUUGUCUUGGUCGAGAGUGCAGAGCCCUGGCCAACGCUGGAGCCGGAAUUGGGCGGCAGGACGUGAGUCCAAAAAGCAUCUGAAACAUCAUGUGGAAUAGCGGGGUGGCGGCUCCUUGAUAGCAAUCGCUUCAAACUAUGGUGUAGUUGGUGCUGCGCAUGCAACUGCAUAUGCUGCUUCAAAUGCAGCUUGCAUUGCACUUUGCAAGAGCAUGGCGUUGGAACUUGCGAGUCAAGAUGUGCGUGUCAAUUGUGUUUGCCCCGGUGCCACAGAAACACCAAUGAUCGGCGGUGACGCAGAAGAGUAUGCAAAAAGUUCUCCCAGCCGGAAGAUCGUCCAGCCUUCAGAUAUAGCAAAUGCCGUAGUGUACUUGACCAGCCCAGCUGGAAGAAUGGUACGGGGCAUUCAGCUGCUGGUCGAUGGAGGUGAAACAGCUGGAUUCCAGGGUUAAACUGGUCAAAGCACCCUGUAGCCCUUGCCAGCGACUUGCAACAGUCAAGACCAAAGAGCCACACGAUUUAUGGCUAAACGAUGCUAAAGAGAUUCUAAAAGAAACAGAUUGAAAGAACAGAUGAAAGGACUCCAGCACAGGAUUUCCAGCGGGGCUUGGA